AUGGACAACGGCGAUUUCAGCGCUGCUUGCCCUAACAUCUAUAGCUUCGGCUUCGACAACCCCACUUGCUUCGUGCUGGACUUCCCCCCGCAGGCCGCCCCCGCGUCGAACGGAAGCGCCAAUAAUGUAUUCACCUAUAUCCAAGACUUUUGCACCCCAGAGCACCGAGUCACAGUUACGCCAGACGAGUCCCUGACAAGGAAAUGGACGAUAGAAUCCAACACUCUUGAAAUAGCAGCAGAGAUCGACACCUCUAAAGCCAGCUGCCAACAUGCCACUUUCAGUAUUGGCCGUGUGGACCAAUUGUGUGAACAAUACCUGUCUCAGAUCGUCUACCAGUGCGGUGUGCAAUAUGUGCACAGCUCGUUCCGGGGAUAUUUGGUGGUGGAUGAGUGCAAAGUAUGGGCAUCCCGGGCCCUGACCGCCAGUCAAUUCCGAGAAUACGCCAGGAAGGGCCUGGGUUAUAUAGAGCAUCUCGAGUCUGUGCUCGCGCGCAGAAGAAGGAAAAAUCGGGCCGACCUCACAGACGAGCUAGUGGCUGCUAAAUACCAAGUUAAAUGGGAAAGAAAAACUUCCGAUCAUCCCGACGACGAAUAUCUGGAAAAAAAAUUCGGAAUCCCCGACACCGAAGAGUUUUUCGAUGUGGAUGCGGUAUCCAGGGAGAACGACGAGCUCUACUAUCACAACUACUUCAACCCUCCGCGCGGCAUGAUCUUUGCCUUUGACAACGAAGGCGUAGGCCUACGGGAAAGAUGGUCCCAGAUGGCCUGGCACUUCUGGGUGAAGGCCUGUCUGAAGUACAAGGGCAUAUCUCCCUCCAGUCUCAGUGUCAUUAUACAGAACGAAGUAAAGAACGAAGAGACUCUCGAUGUGCUAGAAGAGGCUGCAGCCAGGGCAAAGGUCGGCCUGGCUCGUGCAGCCAGGAAAGAAACGAUGUGGACUCCUGAGAUGACAUUUGACCAAUUCGAUGAGGAAUUCUAUGCCAUCAUUGGCACUCCCAAUGGCAAAGGCGCUGCAUGGCUGUUAAUUGAUAAUGCAGCGACAUUGGGCAAAACCAUUACACGUAUUACUGCUUUCGGCAGAAAUGUGGGCUCGGCGAGAACAGUCAUAUGGAGAUGGGAGAUUAUCUUCUAUUUGGAUGUAUGGAGACCGGUGGGUAGAGAUAGGAACUGCAUAGUACUAUAA